GAGGCCUAGCAACUACAAAGUUUGAGCCAACUUAUGCUCGCCGUGCCUUCCCAUGCUUUGAUGAACCAACCUUCAAGUCCACUUACACAAUCACUAUAGUGAGACCGUCAGAGCGAUAUAUUGCUCUCUCAAACAUGCCUGUUAAGAAUGAAGUGGCUGGACAACCUUCUGAAUCCUUAACAGAAGUCACAUUUGAUAAAUCUGUUCCAAUGGUUACAUACCUUGUUUGCUUCAUUGUGUGUGACUUCACCUAUAAAGAGACAAUCUUGUCAAGUGGGAUGCCCUUCCGUGUGUAUGCUCCCAAUGGCAGAAUAGAAAACAGUCAAUAUGCUCUUGACAUCGGAGCCAAAAUUUUGCAGAUGUAUGAGGGCAUGUUCGAUCUGCUCUUUCCUCUUCCCAAAAGUGAUAUGGCAGCCAUUCCUGAUUAUUCCUCGGGUGCCACAGAACACUGGGGCAUCAUAACAUUUAGGGAAACAAGCAUUUUUUAUAACCAGAACCAGAGUUCUGCUGUUAACAAACAGAGAGUGGCUUCAGUGGUUGCCCAUGAAUUAGCUCAUCAGUGGUUUGGCAAUCUUGUUACUUUGGAAUGGUGGAAUGACUUAUGGCUGAAUGAAGGGUUUGCUAGCUAUGUUGAAUUUAAAGGAGUGGAUCAUGUUCAUCCAGAAUGGGAAAUGGACUCUCAAUUCCUGGGAAAAAAUCUGCAGUUGGUGAUGAAAAUUGACUCUCGGCUUAGUUCCCACCCGAUUGUGAAAAAUGUGAACACGCCUGACCAGAUCAAUGCUAUGUUUGAUGCUAUAUCCUACAGAAAGGGGUCGUCUGUGUUAAGGAUGCUGGAGGACUUCAUGGAGAUUCUUUUCAAAACAAGCAAUCGUAUUCCCCGCUUUGGCAAUCCCUGCACAAACAUUGUUACCACCACCGUAACUGUCCGCAGCACGUUUCUGUCGGACGCAAAGCCAUCAGAGAAGCCAAAGCUACAAUUGCGGUUAACGAUGUCUGGUAACAGCGCCGUUGAUUUUGGCAUCGAAACCCUUCCCGUCAAUCGGCAAGAGAUUAUCCAAAGAGACCUAGACUGUGGUAGAGAUCACGCAACUGUGGCUAAUGACACAGAUGAGCUGCGGUAG